UCAUUGUUUAGUUGCUGUAGACCCAUACCGUCAAAUGUUUUAGCCUUUCUAGUAGUCUGCUACACCAGGACCUGCCUGUGUCUCUGGUCCUCUGUGUAGAACUCUCUUUGCUCCUCUCACUGUCUGUGUGUUUAUUUGUUUGUGACAACUCUUUAUUUGCUGUGAUUGUUACAGGUCCUGUAUGGCUCUCUUACCCUAAUGCAAGUGUUUGAAUGGGUUGUUCUCAUGUUGGUGUAGAGAUUGACACGGGUCUGAUAUGGGUGGGGUUAGGGACUGUGAUAUUGGCUGCAGUAACAUGAAUGGACACACACACACACACACACUAAAGUCCCAAACAGGAAGAGGAAAAGGUGUUAUUGUGGGGUCAGAGCAGCCAUCACUCUGUCACCACACCAUAGUGACCAUGUAAACUCUGAACUCUUCGGGCAAGGCUCUGGCUGUGUGUGUGUGUGUGUGCCCUGUGUGAAGAGUUCAGUGUACAGUUUUACAAAUGUGCUUUGAGGGUGUGAAUAAAUAGGAAGCUGAAUACACAGUACACACACAGGUUGGAUUGGUUCAUUACUUGGGGCUCCAAUGGCGCUGUUUGGUAUCCUGAGGAAAUCUGAGAGGAUGAGACGUUCUAUUACGUAAUAGUCCUUAGGAAUAAAUCUAUAUUGUCAGUUUAGUUCACCUCUGCUGAUAUUUAUUAGUAUUUACUACAGAUCCCAGGUCUGUGAAGGGGCCACUGACUGUAUAUGCUUUUAUCAAUUAACUGAAGAAUGGGCAGGAAACACACUGCCCUCUUCUAUCACAGAGACUUCUCUCUUAGGCAGACUGAUGCAGAGAGAGACGGGAGAGAGAGAGACAACAGGAAGAUAGAGGCUGAACCUUUGACAACUUAUCAACAAGUUAUCAACAUAUCAAUAUCAACUAAGUGUCAUGUUGGAUUGAUCUGUGGAAGGGAUCUCUCACAAAAAUGAGUUUCUCUAUUGGACAAGUUCAGUUAGGUCCCUCCCCGUUUCAUUCCGUUUAAGAUAUGUUUUGCAACGGAAUCGGCGUAAUGAAUACGCACCUGCCUUAAGGCUGAGAAUUUGGGCGGAGCGAGGAGCUGAUAGGUGUGUUGGAUCAGAGCCACACCCCUGAUAGGUCAUUCCUCUAGAUGUGUGCCUUGAGGUGUGUGUUUGUCAGAGAUAAAGGGAGUGUGGAAUGUAGUACCUGGCUGUUCCAGGAGAGCGUGUGGACUGUUCUGCCAAGGGCUUCCCAGGUGUGAGCUGCUGUUCUGGGCUUGGAGAGGAGACUGGUGGGGCUCAGUGCUGGUUGUCGGCCUGUCGAGCUUUGGAACUUACUGAUCACACACACUCACACGAGGAUUACUGACUGAGUUUGUAUCUGUGCCCCGGUGGACGGUGGGAGGGAAAGAGGGAUGAACUCUCUGCGGCUGAAGGAGUUGUCUAACUCAGACCUGUACAGACGCAGACAGGAGAGACCUGACAGCUAUGGAAGCAUAGCUAGUAAUAGCCUCAGCAACAUGGCCAAUGCCUUGGCCAAUGCGAUGUGUGAGCGCUGUAAGAGUGGCUUUGCCCCGGCAGAGAAGAUCGUCAAUAGCAACGGGGAGCUGUACCAUGAGGGAUGCUUCGUCUGUGCUCAGUGCUUCCAACAGUUCCCCGAAGGUCUCUUCUAUGAGUUUGAGGGCAGGAAAUACUGCGAGCACGACUUCCAGAUGUUGUUUGCUCCCUGCUGCCACCAAUGUGGGGAGUUUAUCAUUGGUCGUGUGAUCAAGGCGAUGAACAACAGUUGGCACCCUGACUGUUUCUGCUGUGACCUCUGCCAGGCCGUGCUGGCUGACGUGGGCUUCGUCAAGAAUGCCGGCAGACACCUGUGUCGCCCGUGUCAUAACCGUGAGAAGGCCCGUGGUCUGGGGAAGUACAUCUGUCAGAAGUGCCACGCCAUCAUCGAGGAGCAGCCGCUGCUGUUCAAGAACGACCCCUACCACCCCGACCACUUCAACUGCAACAACUGCGGUAAGGAGCUGACUGCUGAUGCCAGGGAGCUGAAGGGAGAGCUGUACUGCCUGCCCUGCCAUGACAAGAUGGGUGUUCCCAUCUGUGGCGCUUGCAGGAGACCCAUCGAGGGCCGCGUGGUCAAUGCCAUGGGCAAGCAGUGGCACGUCGAGCAUUUUGUGUGUGCUAAGUGUGAGAAACCCUUCCUGGGCCAUCGCCACUACGAACGCAAAGGAUUGGCCUACUGUGAGACUCACUACAACCAGCUCUUUGGAGAUGUCUGCUACCACUGCAACCGUGUCAUUGAGGGUGAUGUGGUGUCAGCCCUGAACAAGGCAUGGUGUGUCAACUGCUUCGCCUGCUCCACCUGCAACACCAAGCUCACCCUAAAGGAUAAGUUUGUAGAGGUGGAUCUGAAGCCUGUGUGUAAACACUGCUACGAGCGCCUGCCAGACGACAUGAAGCGCCGUCUUGCCAAACAAGAAAAGAAGAAGAAAAUGCCCAUGUGUCUGUAAACCCUUGCCCUUCCUUUCUCCUCACUUCCACUUUCCAUUCAUUGGAACAAGUUUGUGGAGUUUGACAUGAAGCCGGUGUGUAAGAAGUGUUACGAGAAGUUUCCUCUGGAACUUAAGAAGAGGCUGAAGAAGCUGGCGGAGACAGUGGGCCGGAAGUAGACCCAGACAGA